GAUUUGGUCCGCCGUGACACCGGUGUUCUUGUCGUCUGCUUUCUCUUUCCUUCGCUUCGCUUCUGUCGUCUUCACCAAAGAAAGAUUCUCGCAAUAUGAAUCGCGUUAUGUAGCCACCGGAGCUCGAAGAUGUCACAUCAACAAAGCACUGCCACUAGCAGCAACAUUCCAGUAAGCGAAGUGUUCUGGACUCUGGUUGAUAAAGCUGACAAGAAGUUCUCUAAGAUCAGGGAUUUACCUUAUUACCAGCGUACCAGGUAUGACACGUACUUUUAUAAGGUCUUUAAGGUUUACACACAGUUGUGGAAGUUUCAACAGGAGAAUCGACAGAAGCUGGUUGAAUCUGGGCUUAAGAGAUGGGAGAUCGGUGAAAUUGCAUCUCGCAUUGGGCAACUAUAUUUUGGGCAGUACAUGCGAACAAGUGAUGGGACUUAUCUAUCUGAGUCAUAUAUAUUCUAUGAAGCCAUAUUGACUCGGGAGUACUUUAAGGAGGGAUUAUUUCAGGAUGUGAAUAUAGCGAACAAACAGUUGAGGUUUCUAGCUAGGUUCCUGACGGUUUGUUUGGUUUCAAACCGGAGAGAAAUGGUGCAGCAGUUGGUUAAUCAGAUUAAAUUGUUAGCUGAUGAAUGUAGGCGGGCGUUCCAGGAAAGUGACUUUAAAGAAUGGAAGCUGGUGGUUCAAGAAGCAAUCAGAUUUUUGAAAGCUGACACAACUUUUAUGAAUAUCAGGCCUUUGAGAUAUAGUCUUGUUUUGGACCCUCAUCCAGAUACUUUACCACAUGUUGCUCCAUCAAUCACAAAGAGAAACCUAAAAUUACAAGAUGCGCUAUUGAGCAGCUUCCAUCAUAAUGAGGUUAAAUUUUCAGAGCUCACUAUUGACACAUUUCGAAUGCUUCAAUGUUUGGAGUGGGAACCUAGUGGCUCCUUCUACCAGUCUAAUUCAAAACUUAGUCAGAAUGGGGCUUCUGGGUCCAGUCGCAUUGGUUUUUCACAGGAUAUUGUUGAUCCUACAUUACCAGCUAACCCACGGAAAGCUGUGUUAUACCGUCCUUCACUGACAAACUAUAUGGCAGUUCUAGCCACAAUUUGUGAGGAACUUCCUUCUGAUGGCAUUCUCUUAAUAUAUUUGUCAGCUUCAGGAUCUUUUGGUGCUGCCGAGAAUGAGUCUGGUUGUUUACAGUUUGGCCCGCGUGGAGAUGGAGGAUUAAACUGCAUUUAUCCAUCUGAUUUUCUCCCAUUUACAAGGAGACCACUUCUAUUAGUCAUUGACAGUGAAAGCAGUGAGGCAUUCAAGGCCAUAGCUGGAAAAGAGAAAGGAGAGUCAGUCGCUAUGCUUCUUUCUCCUGGUUGUUUACCCCCAAUUGCUUCUUCGGAUUGGUCACGAUAUUUACAUGGGAGCCUGUUCACCAUGUUUCUGACAGCUCCACUGCAAGCUUUUUGUCUGCUGCUUGGUCUUUCGGGCAAUGAUAUUGAUACGGACACAUAUGACAGAGCUGAGAAGCUGCUUUCAUCAUUAUUCAGUGACUGGGGACUGACUUCGGCAACAUCAGAUAUGCUUAAUCCUGUCUGGGGACAGAUUUUAGGUGAUCCCUUCAUAAGGCGACUUCUUUUAAGAUUCCUCUUCUGCCAGGCAGUGCUAACACUAUAUGCUCCCAUCCACAAUAAGAAGGAAUUCCUUCCAAUAUGUGUCCCAUCUCUUCCAACACCUGUCCUGCCCUCAAGCUCCUUGCCACAGAGUGUGAUUCUGCAGUUAGCCAGCUUGUUCGGUGCUGCUGAAAGUUUCAUCUCUUCGGAGGAGACUGUUCUUCCUGAAAAUCAGAUGCCACCUCAAUGAGCAUCAUUUCUGGGCAGAAGCCAGAUGCGUAAUCUUAUGCAGCUUCAUUGUAUAGCUGAAUCUAUCAAAUAUUAACUCUUGUACUUGGUCAUGGGCGUCCGCUGGGAAAUGGUAUUUGAGGUAAAAUAUGUUUUGGCACUUAUAUUUGGGUGAUUGUAAAACCAAGAAGGUAGUCUGAACAGUCUGGAUCCCAAUGGGGCCAAAAUGAAUGUCGCAUUGAUAUCCUGAGAAUAUUAGAAACUUGCAUAAUCACUCUUGUAAUUUUGAAGCAUGCAAAAUCUUCCCGUGUGAAUAGAAUGACAAGCAUUGUCUUGAAAUUGGAUUAGUUUUAGGGUUGUAAUAGCAAUGAUUCAUAGUUUUUUUUAAGAGCUGAAUUAGUGAUUAAAAAAACAAUCUAGUUUGGGUUUAUGCUGUUACAAAUCGAAUAUCUGCAUGAAUGAAUACGUAGUAGAUUGUACUAUUUAAAA